UCUAGUUAAACAAUCUGUUGAGAGCUUCGUCCCUGCUGUUUAACAAUGUACUUUGUAAUAACAUUUAUGUGAUAAAGAUAUAUAAAAUUCCUAAUUAACUUAGUGCCUUAGCUCUGCCCAACAUAAAAUAUUCACAGAUCCGAUUAACGCAGAACAUUAUCAAUUUAUUCUAAAAUUGAAUAGGCUCAAGGGAGGCCCAAAUAGUGCUUUAGCUGUCGAGAUAGCCCUACCAGAGGUAGAACAAAGCCAAACAAUAGUUUUUAUAUAUUACAGAGGUCUCCCAUAUAUGAAAUGGAUUCUUGUAUAAAAAUAUUUUACUGCAAAAGUGGUUAAAUUGACACACAUUGGGACACACCCCAUACAUGAAAUAAGUGCAAAAUAAAGCCUGUCAGAAUGGGACAUGAUACACCUGAAGCCAUGUAAUUUCAUAAUACAAGCUCUGAUCGAUUACAAUGUUGGAGUGGAAGUGGGCAGGGGGUUCCUCUACAUGUCUGACAGGACAGGAAGACAGUACUACAAACACAGAACUACAACUGGCGGAAAUAUCCAAUUUUAAGAUCUAAAAUUUGAUAUUUAAAUACCAGUUAAACCACUUUUGGAGUAUAAUUUUUAAAAUAUUUUUAUACAAAAAUUCAUUUUAUGUAUGGGAGACCUUAGACAAUAAAGAAAACACAUUGUUGUGAAUUGUUAGGGGUGUCUUCCCACUGUCCCAGCAGUUUGGUAGCUGGUUUAAACCUGAGUGUUUACUGGCCUCCAGUGGCCACAGUGAGGAAUUACAACACUAAAUCAUUAUAAAUACCUUUGUAGAAGUCAUUGUUUGUUUGAUUAUUUGUAAGUAACAGCGGUAACAUUACUAUUGGUGAUCGCUGUGUUAGUAAGGAGCUAUUUUAAUGUCAGUUUUCUGGUGUGGUGGUCUUCACUGCAUGACAACUUUUACUUUUACUUUGAGGGGCUGUAUAGCGCCGCGGCGGCAGUAUGGAGCAUCUUUCUGCCCCUCCUGCAGCUGCACUGAUGCUCUCUGCGGUAUGGUGCUAACGAAAUGACAAUUAAAAGCAAGAAGACUUCUCAGUGGCAACCAAAACAUCCCUCUGCUGCACUGAAGUCACCGAGAAACCGGCAAGACGAAGGCUUUGUUUUAGUUUCCCUGUUAGGAUGUCAUCUGAAAAUGCUGCGUCAUCUGAAGUGCGUGAAGCAUCACCUCCUACAACAGAGGCUGAUGGAGCCCUGAGGAUUGUCCUCUUGGGGAGAACAGGGACGGGCAGAAGCUCCUCGGGCAACACCAUCCUGGGCAGGUCCGCCUUCUGGGUCGACGUCUCCCCCAGUUCUGUCACCACACAGUGCCAGAGGAAGACUCUGACAGUGGACGGGCGGAGUAUGUCUGUGAUUGACACUCCAGGUUUCCUCCACACGCACCUGUCCCCUGAGGAGGUCUUGGCAGAGGUGGGACGGUGUGUUGUCCUGUCCUCUCCGGGACCCCACGCCUUCUUGGUGACCCUGCAGCCCAGCAGGUUCACCCAGGAAGAGAGGGACGCCUUGGAGUGGAUCAAGGCCACGUUUGGGCCCGGAGCCGCCAGGUUUACCGUGUUGUUGUUCACCUGGGGAGACCAGCUGCAGGGCAAACGCAUCGAGGACUUCCUGGAGGAGAGCGACGAGCUGUCGGAAUUUGUCAGAAGCUGCCAUGGGGGGUAUCACGUCUUUGAUAACAGUGAACAGGUCAAGACAGCGGAGAGCCCACAACAGGUCGUACAGCUUCUGAAGAAGAUAGACAAGAUUGUGGCGGAUAACGGAGGCGGUUGCUAUAGCAAUGAGAUGUUCAAGGAGGCUGAAAGGGCCAUCAGAAAGGCACAAGAAAGGAUCCUGGGAGAAGGAGGACACAAGGUGGAGUCCCUUCAGAAGGAGGCUGAAGAGAAGCAGGGGUCAGAGUUAGAGAGGAGGGAGGAAGAAGAGGCCAGGAAAAGGGCUGAGAGGCUUUUCUGGUCCGAGCUGGUGACUGCUUUGGGGAGAGGUGCAGCAGAGGGGGCAGGGAUCAUGGAGAAAGACAAAGAGAAAGGGGGGAAAGCUGUGAAGAAGGUGACGGUGGUGAAGAAGGCAGCAGCUCUGGCAGCAUCGCCGCUCUCCAUCCGCACAGCGGCACGAGCGGUGGAAGGAGCUGUGAGAGAAGGCAGUAAGGUGCUAUUUAAACACAGGAAAACUUUACUGCACUGAGGGAUGCUGGACUCUGACUGUUCAAUGAGGGGUUGUCAGGAAACACAGUGGAGCCUAUGGUCAACAUAGAGGCGAUGAUGGGUGAAAGAAGGUCACUUAGCUGUGUUUUUUCACUGUGCAUCAUUCAUCCAAUGUUAUCAGUCUCUGUUUAAUACCAGCACAAUGAAUCAGCACUUUCAGACCAUACUGUUAAAGAAGAAUACGUGUGUG